UUUAGUUUGGCUGCGUCGAUUCCAAACUUCUCCACAUGCAGACUCUCAGCUGUGUGCAGAAGCAACAUGCACACUCAGCUGGUGGGCAUCAGCCUGGCCAUCAUCGGCCUCCUGGGGACCGUCCUUAUAUGCGGGCUGCCUGCCUGGAAGGUGACGGCCUUCGUGGGCUCCAACAUCGUCACUUCUCAGAUAUUCUGGGAGGGUCUGUGGAUGAACUGCGUCAUCCAGAGCACGGGCCAUUCGCAGUGUAAGGCUUACGAUUCCAUUUUGGCGCUUCCCCGUGAGCUGCAGGCCUCCAGGGCCUUGGUGUGCGUUUCCUUGGCCGUCAGCGUGGUGGCCGUUGGACUGUUUGUGCUUGGGGCUCGAUGCACCACCUUCUUCCGCCACGACUGGCCCACCAAAGCCAACGUGGGGCUGGCGGGGGGCGUGGUCUUUGUGAUAGCCGGCCUCUUGUGCAUCAUUCCCGUCAGCGUGUCUGCCCACAGCAUCAUCACAGGUUUCUUCAACCCACUGCCCACCGAGGAGAGGCGAGGGGAGCUGGGUGCCUCCAUCUACGUGGGCUGGGCUUCCGGAGCACUGCUCGUCAUUGGGGGUGUGCUCAUUUGCUCCACGUACAGAUGCUAAAAGCAGCCAAUGCCUCAUCAAAUAGUGAGGGUCACAUGUACACUGUUUACUUUCAGUUUACUUCGAACUUUGGUCGGAACCUUUUCCUACUUUAAUUUCUAGCAUAUAAAGUACAAUACAACUGUGUCCACUGAUGUGACUGUAAAUACAUUUUGUAAAUGUGCUCAUAGUUGUGUUUGAUUGUGUGUUUUCUUUUACGCUGUGUUUUUAUCUGAUAUCUGGAUAGCACAUAAAGAAGAAUAUUGUGACUUGCGCUGUACAAAAUAUGCCACGUGACAUAAAUGUUGCAAGCUGUUAUUUGUUAUUUAUGUUAUUUGACCAAUGUCCUCCUCCGAGGAAAUGCUUCUUUGAAAAGACUAACAUGACGCAAGAAUAACGUAUGCAUGCACAUGGGAGAGGGCCUUUGAUGAGUUCCUCCACACCAACCCUUAGCAAAAAGUAUACUUGAAGUUCAUUUUGUUAAGUAUACUUACUAUACUCGAAAUGCAUAAAAGAAUCACAGAACAUGUGUUUAUUGCAUCAAGGCUUUUUGUCAGGAAACUCUAUUUCAACAAAAUAAAACCCCAAAAAUGUUAAAAUGCUCUGGUUGAAAUGAUGACCAUUGUAUUGUUAUAAUAAUACCAUUUUAUAGCAAUAAUUAGAGCCAAAACUGAAAUCAUAAAUGCACUGUCAGCCAACAAACACACUGACAGCCAGCUCCUCUUCUAAUCAUGUAAGCUUUAGGGCAGGGGCAUCCAAACUGCGGCCCGCGGUCCAGAUUUUAGUGACCCGCGGCAAAUUUUGACUAUAUAACUGAAUAUGGCCCGCACAAGAUGCAUGAGAUCAACUCUGUUGCACUUCUCAGUUUCAACACUAGAUGGCGACAGGCAUGUAAAUUCAUAUCUGUGCGGUGUCACGUCUACAAGAGCCAUAAUGAUCAGAGCACUUCAGGCAGAGCUCUUUAUUUAUGAUGCACAUGCGUCAGCAAUUCUUUGUUUACAUUUUGGGCUUC